AUGAGUAUUGUUGACCUGAACAUAAAGUCACUUUUGCGUAAUAACGUUGAAUCUGCCGCCAGGAAGAAAGUGGUGCCAACGUUGUAUGAAGAGGAUACCUCCAAGUAUGCCGGACCGCACAAAUGGCAGGUGCAGGCAUGGGCAAAAUUUGUCAGACGGGUUUGGCGCUAUCGAACAUACACACGCUGGGUUGAGAAAGCCUGCGAGCACAUUGACGUCAAGGGCCUGGAAUAUCUGGAGAGCCUUACGGGGCCCUGUGUGUUUGUGGCGAAUCACAGCAGCCACCUGGAUACGCUGGUGAUUAAUGAAUCACUGCCCGCCAGUGUCCGGCAGAACCUGUUCUACGGCGCAGCGCAAGACCGUUGGUUUGUGAAAGGCAAAGACAAAAUGGUGUUGCAGCCCUGGUAUCAAUCGCUGGCUUUGGGCAACUUUCCGAUUAUGCGCGGUGGUGGUGCCGGUGCCCUGUCAUAUGCAAAUUGGCUGUUGGAAAAACAGCAGCAUGUUUUACUUUUUCCCGAAGGCACAAGAGCCACCGGCGAUACCCUGGGUGAGUUCAAACAUGGCGCGACGUUGUUGGCGCUGCGCAAUCAGGUGCCCGUAGUGCCUGUUUAUCUCGGUGGACUGCAGAACCUGCGCCCGAAAGGGAGCAAAAGCGCGGGCCGUGGCCAGGCGACCAUUGAAUUUCUGCCUGCCAUAGAGUUUUCCUAUGGCAGUGAUGUCGCUGCUGCUACCGACAGUAUUGCGCGGCGAUUGAACCGCGCGCAUUUGAAUUUCAUCAGUAAGAGCAGAAUUGAAACAGAGUUAGCCCCAGCAGAAGGCGAGGCUAGCGCCAGUCGAUCAACCAGUUUUCCGGAGGACUCCGGAAACGCAGCGCCCCUCCCCGGGCGCUGCACCUUCUCCCCUUGCGUGCUGGCGACAGCACGCCUCUCCAGAAUCCGCCUCUUCCUUGGUAACAAGGACCUGAUUCGUGAGAUGGGUCUGUUGGAACUGGCGCAGACCCUGGCUGUGACCACCCAAUCAGAUUGUCUGAUUUCGCCCGCCGAGGAUACAUCGGACUGGCGUGCUCAGAGCACACUGGCCUGUCUUGGGUUGAGUGGUGCAGCAGAUACAGUGCUUGAGCGCUGGCACAAUCAUCCGGUUUACGGACGCUUGAGAGACCCCGGCACACCGCCCUGGUUGCGCGAGCGCGCAGCGGAUGUGCGUGAUUUUGAGGUGCUGUUAGGCGCUGUUAUGGUUGCUGGUUUGAGCACGGGUUACAAUAUUGUGCCGCAGUUUUUGUGGCCUGAGUUCGAUCCUGAAACUACGGUUAUUUAUAGUCAUUCAGACUGGCAGCAUGCCCGCCAGUUAGUGGCGCUGUUGGCACUGCAUGGACUGACACCUGAUGUAACCCCACUGGUGAAGCAGUCCAAAUUUCUGUUCCGGGAUGAAUGGGGUGAGCCCGAGCGUGAAUUGCCGCGUCUUGCUAAUGGUCAACGGGUUGUCGAUCAGCUUGAGUUCGAAUUGUUUCUGCAUUUUGAAGGGCCAGAGCAGAUUGAAAGGUUUGGUGAGCUCGUAACGCAAUAUGCAAAACGCGACAGUGAAGACGAGGAAGGGUUGCUGCACGGUUCCUGGUGGCAGCCGUUUUAUCGGACGUUUGAGCCUAGUGAGCAGCAGAGGACCGGUUAA